AUGCCCAUAAGGAAGCUUCACCCGCUUUUAGCGGCAAAGGCUCGGGAGGAGUUAAAUGAAGACCCUUUAUAUAUCGAUGAAUAUUUGAGUUCGUUAAGGGAAUGGAUAUCCACACAGCCUCAUCUCCGAGUAAGAACAGAUGACCAAUGGCUAGUGACGUUUUUGCGUGGAUGUAAAUAUAAUUUAGAGAAAACCAAAGCCAAAUUAGAUUUGUAUUACACUCUGAGAACUGUGGCGCCUGAAGUGUAUUGUCUUAGAUACUCGGAUCCAAAGAUUUAUGGACUACUCGAGACAGGAGCUGUGCUCACAAUGCCAAAAACAAAGGGUCCAGCUGAGCCCCGGGUGAUAUUAUUACGUCCAGGAUGGUACAACCCAUCGGAAUUCACCUUCAUGGAACUUAUGGCUGUGAUGAUAUUUCAACAUCAGAUAUGUUAUAUGGAAGAUGACAACAUGACAGUAGCUGGUAUGAUCAAUGUGGUCGAUUUAAAAGGCACUUCUGUAGCACACGUUAGACAAGCGCUGUUUCAGAUAAGAAAGCUGAUAAGAAUCACUCAGGAUGCAGCACCGACAAGGAUGAAAGGAAUUCACAUCCUCAACACCAUGAUGUUAUUUGAGUCCUGUUAUAACUUAGUGAAACAUUUGCUGAGCGAGAAAAUAAGGAGUAGGCUGCAAAUACAUAAUAAAAAUUACGAGCAAUUCUAUAGAAGUGUACCAAGGGAGGUCUUGACAGUAGAAUAUGGAGGGCAGGGAGGAACAACUAGAGAAAUUAUAGAUUAUUGGAAAAGAAAAUUUGCACAAUACGAGGCGUGGUUUAGAGAAGAUUUCCAAUACAAAUCAGAUGAGUUAAAACGUAUGAAAAACUAG